AUGUUUUCUCUUUCCCGCCUUUUCCGACCUUCAUUCACCCAAACCCGACUUCGCUCCCAACUUGCCCCUCGCCAAGUUAAAUACAUUAAGCGUCACAAAGGCGUAAUUCCCAUCCCAAUUGGCGGCUCUAUCUCCGGCACAACCCUCACCUCCUCAGCACAAUGGGGUAUUCGUAUAAAAUCCACUGGUGUCCGUCUCACAGCUAAACAACUAACCACCGCCGAAGACGUUAUUAAACGCAAACUAAAAGAUGUCGUCAAAGGUGGAAAAGUCUGGUUACGCGUAUUUCCUGAUAUACCUGUGUGUAUUAAAGGGAACGAAACUAGGAUGGGGAAGGGGAAAGGAACUUUUGAGUUUUGGGCCACCAGAGUUCCAGUGGGCAGGGUCAUUUUUGAAAUUGGCGGAAAGGAUAUCAGGGAGGAGUUGGCUAGAGAUAUACUCCGUCAAGCUGCUUCUAAACUUCCAACCAAAAUGGAAUUCAUUAGUCGCGAUACUCCACCCAGGCUCGGAAACUUGGUCUUGUACCCUCCAAAACCAGUCAAACGCAUCGCCGAAGAAUCAGUUCCCGGUGUAGACCGUGGUCCAAUAGCCGAAGCUUUAGCUACACACCCUACUACUGCUAGUUAG